AUGGCAGAUACGACCAGAGAGAACUUCCUUAAGGAGACGUUCAAGAGGAUCCACAACAUGGACGGCCUCGUGACCGGCCACCGUCAGGUUUUCAAGUAUUUGGAAAGGAAGCGCGCCAAGAUCUGCUUCCUCGCAUCUGACUGUGAGGAGAAGCAGUACGCAGAUAUAGUCGAGUGCCUCUGCAAGGAAUACAAAGUGCACCUCUGCAAGAAGUUCACCCGCAGGACCCUUGGGGAGCUCACUGGGCAGGUCCGCUGCCUUGCAGAUUCCGACAAGAUCAUAAAGGUGGUGCCCGCGUCUGCUUGCGUCAUCCACAACUUUGUGGGGAUGAGCAGUGGGGACGUCGACAGCUUCCUUACUAAGCUGGACGAGCAGUAA